UCUCUGUCUGUCUCUGUCUGUCUCUCUGUCUCUCUACCUACCUACCUACCUAGCUACUUUCCUACCUAGCUACCUACCUACCUAGCUACCUACCUACCUACCAUGGACUUCUUGAUGAGUGGUUUGGCAGCCUGUGGGGCCUGUGUGUUCACCAAUCCCCUGGAAGUGGUGAAGACCAGAAUGCAGCUGCAAGGAGAGCUGCAGGCCCCCGGCACCUACCAGCGACACUACCGAAAUGUCUUCCAUGCUUUCUUCACCAUCGGCAAGGUGGACGGCUUGGCUGCCCUGCAGAAGGGCCUGGCCCCUGCCCUCUUGUACCAGUUCCUGAUGAAUGGCAUCCGGCUGGGCACCUAUGGGCUGGCGGAGGCUGGGGGCUACCUGCAUGCAGCCGACGGCAGCCUCAGCCCUCCCCGAAGCGCGGCAGCUGGGGCCAUGGCUGGGGUCAUGGGAGCCUACUUGGGGAGCCCCAUCUACAUGGUAAAGACACAUCUGCAGGCCCAAGCAGCCACAGAAAUUGCCGUUGGGCAUCAGUAUAAACAUCAGGGCAUGUUUCAGGCACUGGUCGAGAUUGGCCAGAAACAUGGUCUGAUGGGACUAUGGCGCGGGGCUAUAGGCGGCCUACCCCGAGUUGUCAUCGGUUCCUCCACCCAGCUGUGUACCUUCUCUUCCACCAAGGACCUCCUGACCCAGUGGGAGAUAUUUCCUCCCCAGAGUUGGAAGGUAGCUCUGAUAGCUGCCAUGGUGAGUGGUAUUGCAGUAGUGUUGGCCAUGACGCCCUUCGAUGUGGCCUGUACGAGACUCUACAAUCAACCCACAGAUGCCCAGGGCAAGGGCCUCAUGUACCGAGGGAUGCUAGAUGUUCUGCUGCAGACGGCUCGGACGGAGGGCAUCGUGGGCAUGUACAAGGGUAUCGGUGCCUCCUACUUCCGCCUUGGCCCCCAUACCAUCCUCUCCCUCUUCUUCUGGGACCAGCUGCGCAUUCUCUACCGCACCUACACCAAAUAACCAAAAUCAACAACUCUUUGUACACUCCUGCCUUGGUGACUUCUGGCCAGGUGACCCCCCUCAUCCAUCCAUGGGAGACAGCCAAUCCUAUUCCCCAUCUUUCUCAGGGUCGAAUCACAAGGGAUUGUGUCCUCCCUUCCUUAUUGCUUUAAACCUUACCUGUCAUCCCUCUUCUGUUCUUCACACACCCUCUCUCAGGGCUGAAGCAGUCACUCCAAAGUGUAUUUCCUCCCUUUCUCUGUUGCUGUGCUGGAUUUCUUCAUAGCCCAGGCACAACUUUAAAUUCACUCCUCCUCCUCCUCCUCCAAGACCAAAGGGAAUUGGAGGGAACUGGGUGUCUUGUUAGAUGUAAAGGCAUAGAGAUUAUAUUGAUUUAUAAAGCGUUUAUUUCUUCAGAA